CUGUUAUUGACGGCGGACGGGCAACUUGAACCCCAACCCUUUGCCUUUAGCCUGCAUUCACCUGCAGCUUUGCACCGUCCGUAGCCACAACUACUAACCUCAAUGUCAAAUUGCCCGCAUCUAGUCCACAUUGCCCGGCGCUUGGCGAUGUCCAAAACGCGUAGGAUGUUGCGUUGCAGCCAGCGCCUAAUGUACCAUUACAGUAGUAAUACUGCUCACAGUUCUACUAUUCCAUGCAGUACUACACACUACUCUACCUCCAGCAAGUCCGUCCGGAUAGGAUGUGCCUCCGGGUUUUGGGGCGACACCUCCACAUCAGUGCCUCAGCUCAUCUAUGGCGGGAAGCUGGACUUCCUGGUGUUCGACUACCUAAGUGAGAUCACCAUGUCCCUCCUGACCGCCGCCAAGGCAAAGACGCCUACCAUGGGUUAUGCUCCAGACUUUGUGCAAGCAGCCAUCGCUCCAUUCAUCACUGACAUCCACAAGAGAGGUAUCCGGGUGGUGAGCAACGCUGGGGGUGUGAACCCCUUGGCAUGUGCUGGAGCUAUACAGGAAGUGAUUAAGAAGGCGGGGCUUGACCUGAAGGUUGCCGUGGUGACGGGCGAUGACCUCAUGACUCAGAAAGGCAGUCUGUCUGAGGUGAAGAUGGCGGAUGGUAGUGGUAAUCAAAGGUUACCACGGACCCUUCACAGUAUGAAUGCAUACCUGGGGGCGGUGUCUAUCCAGAGGAGUCUGGACCGGGGGGCUGACAUCGUGGUGACGGGCCGCUGUGUGGACUCAGCGGUGGCCCUGGGACCCCUGAUGCACUCGUUCGGCUGGAAGACAGACAGCUAUGACCUGCUGGCUGCCGGAAGUCUUGCAGGACAUCUGAUAGAGUGUGGAGCCCAGAGCACUGGAGGAAUAUUCACCGACUGGCACACGGUCCCUGACUGGGACCGGAUGGGUUUCCCGAUAGUGGAGUGCUCUGUGGACGGCUCCUUCGUCCUCUCCAAGCCCCCCGGCACCGGGGGGCUGGUCUCCUUCGGUACGGCGGCUGAGCAGCUGGUGUACGAGAUCGCAGACCCCCGCCGCUACAUGCUGCCCGACGUCACCUGUGACUUCAGCCAGGUGGUCGUCACGGAGAUACCAGGUGUGGAGGGAGGAGCAGUCAGUGUGUCUGGUGCCAAAGGUUACGCCCCGUCAUGUGACUACAAGGUGUGUGCUACCUAUAUGGAUGGUUUCAGGGCGACAGCCGUGUGUCCGGUGGGAGGACCUCGGUCUGCGGAGAAGGCCAGAAGAACGGCCCAGAGCCUCAUUACCCGGGCGAAGAGGCUGUUCACACAGUUGGGGUUCGAAGAUUUCAGCUCCGUGAACAUUCAGGUCCUGGGAGCUGAGGACACGUACGGAGCCAACGCUGCUGGCCCGGGAUCCAGGGAGUCUGUGUUGUGGAUGUCUGUACACCACAAACAGAAAAAGGCUCUGGAGUUCUUUGCCAGAGAGAUCGCAUCUGCGGGUACUGGCAUGGCCCCCGGACUGAUGGGAAUCGUUGGCGGACGUCCGAGAGUGUCCCCUGUUCUGAAGCCGUUCUUCUUCAUGCUUCCCAAGUCCCUGCUCCAGGUGGAGUUGCACAUUGGUGGAGAGCUAGUUGAGACACUGUCAGAGGGGGCGGAGCCAGAGUCAGUGCAGCAGGAAGCCCGCCCACUCAGGAAGAGGAAACCACUGAUGCUGAGCUGCCCAGCGGGACCCACAGCUACAGGAUAGAGGAGCUGCAUACACCCGCAGUGGAGACAAGGGAGACUCGGCCAAUAUAGGAGUGAUUGCGCGUCCACCCCGGCUUCUAACCCCUACCUGAAGGAACACCUGACUGCUUCUGUGGUGGAGGACUACUUCUCUCACCUCAUAACAGCCCGGCACACACAACGCCGUCUCCCGGUGAGUGAGUGAGCGAGCGACCGCGCGCGACGAGAGAGAGAGAGAGAGAGAGAGAGACCUAGGACCCUCCCAUGAUAACUAUGAGCACCUCUUUGGGGUCCCAUUUAUUUGUUUCAUUGAAUAUGACUGAAUAGGAUUUAACAUGCCUUCGGUGGGAAGACGAGGCCACGAGUAAUGUCUGCUUCCGCUUGCGC